GUUGCUACAAAUUUUGGCACGCCCAGUGGGACAUCUCUACCUCUCAUCUCUUCUCUCUCUCGAAGAUCCUCGAAGUGUUGCAGUGACUGCUCUACGUUCACAAUGAAGACUGCUACUUCGGAUUCAUCAAGUGUGGGCUUAGUUACAAGGAGUAUGGCUAAGAAGCUGAAAGCAUCCUCCAAGACUAGCUCGACGCCCCAAACCGUUCAAAAAGGCUUACCACCUCCUGUCAACACAAGCGUAGACGUGGAAGACUCAAAACGAGAGAUUUCACAGCCCAUGCCUCAUUCAACACCAAGCUACUCAGAGAUGGCAUCCGUCAUGACAACAAACGCUACAACUAUGGAAGAAACAUCCUCCAAGACUAGCUCGACGCCCCGAACCGUUCAGAAAGGCUUACCACUUCUUGUCAACACAAGCGCAGACGUGGAAGGCUCAAAACGAGAGAUGUCACAGCCCAUGCCUCAUUCAACAUCAAGCUACUCAGAGAUGGCAUCCGUCAUGACAACAAACGCUACAACUAUGGAAGAAGCAUCCUCCAAGACUAGCUCGACGCCCCGAACCGUUCAGAAAGGCUUACCACCUCUUGUCAACACAAGCGCAGACGUGGAAGGCUCAAAACGAGAGAUGUCACAGCCCAUGCCUCAUUCAACAUCAAGCUACUCAGAGAUGGCAUCCGUCAUGACAACAAACGCUACAACUAUGGAAGAGCAAAUUGCAAGUUUGACCAAGGCUAUUGAGGGACUCACAAAGCAUGUUCAACAACGAGAUUCUCAAAUUGCCAAGUUGAUCGAGAAGAUGAACAAAGCCGAUGCUAGUCAAAUUGUGGAACAGAUAGAGGCUCAAAACGAAGUCGAGGCAUUCACAAAGCAACAGCAAGUUGAAAAAGAGAAGGCUCCAGCUCAAGAACUUCAAGUUUCUCCCGAAGGGCUGAUUCAUGUAGAUCAAGUGAUGACGCUGAUCAGUAGAACAAUCAAAGACAAGUUGGAAGGAAGCUCGAAGUCGCCAUCAACCUAUGUCAAGCCAUACACGCAAAGGAUCGAUGAUCUAAAGAUGCCAAUGGGCUAUAUACCUCCAAAGUUUCAACAAUUUGACGGCAAAGGCAACCCCAAGCAACAUGUGGCACACUUCGUGGAGACUUGCAAUGAUGUCGGCACGUAUGGAGAUCACCUCGUCAAGCAAUUCGUCCGAUCGCUCAAAGACAAUGCGUUUGAUUGGUACAUUGAUUUGGGGGCAAACUCCAUCGAUAGUUGGAAGCACUUAGAGGAAGAAUUUCUCAACCGCUUUUACAGCACUCGAAGAACAGUCAGCAUGAUUGAGCUCACCAAUUCCCGCCAGUGGAAGAAGGAACCUGUCAUCGACUACAUCACCCGUUGGAGAAAUUUGAGUCUUAAUUGCAAGGAUCGACUGCCUGAGACAUGA